AAACUAAUUGAAUAACCAUGCUAACCGUUUUAAGGUUUGUAGUUCUGGUCAUCUAAUAUAUAUAUUACCCUUGUUUCAAAAUCUAGUGAUAAGAAAUAGUGUUUUACAGAAAAACGGAGUAUUUAGAAAUUAGAAAAUCUAUUUUUAAAGGCCUAAAACAUGACAAAGAAGUUCGAGUUUGAUUGGCAUAUACCUAUACCUGAGCCUCUUUUAACUGGAUGUGUGUUUGAUAGAUGGACCGAGGAAAAGGAUAAUGUUGUCUUGGAACAACGAGCCCUUUUUAAAGUUGAUCAGUAUGGAUUCUUCAUCUAUUGGAAAAGUGAAGGAAAGGAAGGUGAUGUUAUUGAAUUAUGUCAAGUCAGUGACAUUCGAGCAGGUGGUUUACCUAAAGAUUUGAAAUACCAAAAUUUACUUGAAAGUAGACAUGGACCAGAUGUGGAGGAAAAAUCUCUAACAAUUUGUAGUGGAACAGAUUACAUUAAUAUUAAUUAUCAACAUAUUGUUUGCCCAAAUGUAGAAACUGCAAAGGCAUGGCAACAGGGCUUGAGGAAAAUCACUCAUAAUAAUAAAAUUGUGAAUGUCUGCCCCAGAACAGUUUUAAUGAAACAUUGGAUGCGUCUCGGCUUUUUAGUAGAUCAAAAAGGUAAAAUACCAGUAAAAGUUAUUGCUAGAACGUUUGCCUCGGGAAAAACAGAAAAACUAGUCUAUCAGAUAUUGUCAGAACUUGAUCUUCCAUCUGGAAAAAAUGAUACCAUCGAACCAGAAGCAUUUACAUUCGAUAAAUUCUAUGCUUUAUAUCACAAGAUCUGUCCUAGAAAUGACAUUGAAGAAUUGUUUAGAAGCAUAACUACCGGAAAUGCGGAUUAUCUAAGUUUGGAUCAGUUUAUAAAUUUUUUGAAUGAAAAACAAAGAGAUCCGCGUCUAAAUGAAAUAUUGUAUCCUUUGUAUGAUGAGAAACGUGCACAAGAAAUUAUAGAUACAUAUGAACAAGAUGAGGCAUCAAAGGCUGCCGGACGACUUACCAAAGAUGGGUUAAUUAGAUAUUUAAUGUCUGAUGAAAAUGCUCCAGUAUUUCUUGACCGUUUGGAUAUAUACAUGGAGAUGGACCUACCACUUUGCGCCUAUUACAUAAAUUCUAGUCAUAAUACGUAUCUAUCUGGGCGUCAAUUUGGAGGCAAAUCUUCAGUGGAAAUGUAUAGACAAGUAUUAUUAGCGGGUUGUCGUUGUGUAGAGUUGGAUUGCUGGGAUGGUAGAGGUGAAGAUGAAGAACCCAUUAUAACACACGGAAGGGCAAUGUGCAGUGAUAUUUUAUUUAAAGAUGUUAUCUAUGCCAUUAGAGACACCGCAUUCGUUACAUCUGACUAUCCUGUAAUAUUAUCAUUCGAAAAUCAUUGCUGUAAAUCCCAGCAGUACAAAUUGGCCAAAUAUUGUGAUGAAAUUUUAGGUGAUCUACUUUUGAGAGAACCUUUAGAAGAAUAUCCUUUAGAACCAGGUUGUCCCUUACCACCACCAAGCGCUUUGAAAAGAAAAAUAUUGAUUAAAAAUAAAAGAUUAAAACCAGAAGUAGAGAAACAUGAGUUAGAGUUGUUUAAACAAGGUCAGUUUGUAAUUGAAGAUGAAGAAAAAGAAGAUGCAAAUGCAAGUGCUGAUCGACCUAUACCACCAGAUGCAGCCCUCGAGAAUCCUCCCGAAACCGGUGAAGGAGAAAUAGUACCUACCGUCGUUUAUACAGGCUCUACUACAAAUGUUCACCCUUGGUUGAGUUCAAUGGUAAACUAUGCACAACCAGUCAAAUUUCAGGGAUUUGAUGUAGCAGAACAAAAAAAUGUACAUCAUAACAUGUCCAGCUUCUCUGAACCAGCAGGUCUAAAUUAUUUGAAGACUCAAGCAAUUGAAUUUGUUAAUUACAAUAAAAGACAAAUGUCCCGUAUUUAUCCCAGUGGUGCCCGAGCAAAUUCUUCAAAUUACAUGCCUCAAGUAUUUUGGAAUGCUGGAUGUCAAAUGGUUUCAUUGAAUUUUCAAACUUCCGAUUUACCCAUGCAGUUAAAUCAAGGAAAAUUUGAAUACAACGGCAACUGUGGCUAUCUUUUGAAACCAGAUUUUAUGAGACGUCAUGAUAGAACUUUUGAUCCGUUUGCAGAAUGUCCGGUAGACGGUGUUAUUGCUGCUCAGUGUUCAGUACAAGUAAUUGCUGGUCAAUUCUUGUCAGACAAAAAAGUCGGUACAUAUGUUGAAGUAGAUAUGUAUGGUUUACCUACUGAUACAAUUAGAAGAGAAUUUCGUACAAGAAUGGUACCUGCAAAUGGUCUCAAUCCUGUGUAUAACGAAGAACCGUUUUUGUUCAGAAAAGUUGUGUUGCCCGAUUUAGCUGUUUUAAGAUUUGGAGUCUAUGAUGAAAGCGGGAAACUAUUGGGACAGAGAAUUCUACCUCUUGAUGGUUUACAGGCUGGAUACCGACAUAUCUCCCUUAGGACAGAAGCAAACUUUCCAAUGUCGCUUCCCAUGCUGUUCUGUAAUAUCGAACUUAAAAUUUACGUACCAGAUGGAUUCGAAGAUUUCAUGGCUGCGUUAAGUGAUCCCAGAGGUUUUAUGGGAGCCCAACAAAAGCAAAAUGAGCAAAUGUCAUCAAUGGGUAUCGAGGUAACAGCAGAUAAAACUGCAGAGAAGAAAGAAAAAAAAGAGGAAGUCAAACUUGUAUUUGAACCUAUCACCAUUGAAUCAAUAAAGCAAGACAAAGCUUUUCAAAAAACUACCAAAAAACAACAAAAAGAAUACGACACUUUAAAGAAAAAACAAACCAAAGAAAAAUUGGCUGUUCAAAAAAAUCAAUGUGCUGCCAUAGAUAAGUUAAUUAAAGGAAAAAAUAAAAAUGAAUUAGUUAACGAUCCUGCCAUUCGUAAAAUGGUGACAGAGCAGACGUUGGAGUGGAGUGCUUUAAUGGAAAGACAUCGUAAGCAAGAAUGGGAGUUUUUGAGAAAUCAGUUGAAUGAUCAAAGAGAUUUACUGCGAAAACAUAUGGAAAUUCUGCAGUCAUUACAAAUUAAACAACUAGAUGCCAAACAUGACCGAGAAAUGAAGGAGCUAAGCAGUGCACAAGCUAAAAUUUCUGUUGAAACAGCAAAAGAGAUUGCAAAUGACAAGAAUCUCAAAACCAAAAAGGAUAAAGACCGAAGAUUGAAAGAAAAACAACAAAAUAACAAUAAACGUUUUGUUGACGAACGCAAAACAGCUCAGAAUAAACAGGGACGUGAAAAAGAAAAGUUGCAGUUGACUCAUUCGAAACAAUUAGAAAUGUUGUCGCACGAUAUUCAAAAAAUGAUUGAUAUGUAUAAAAAUGAAGAAUCUGAAUACGACCUAUCUAGUAAAAGUGAAUUUUUUGCUUAAAUUUGUAGUUUUAAUUAUUUGUUAAAUGUAUUCCAUUAAUAUUUUUCAAAUGGAUAGAUUUCAAAGUCAAUAAAAUAAAUUAUUAACGUCAAA